UGCAACACAACACAGUUACACAAAGAAAACAAAUCAAACAAAGUUAAAGAAAAAAAGUUAUGACUAUUCUCCGGGUUCCAACUUCUUCUGCCUCUCUUCAUUGUGACAACACAGUUGAUACUCCAGUUCCUCAAUCGAUUGUGAAACAAGAAAAUAUGGGUGAUGAGAAUUACGAUGCGUGCCUUAACCCACCCGCGAAAAAAAGGCGGCUCGCAGCCACUCAAGUUGAGUUUCUUGAAAGGAACUUUGAGGUAGAAAAUAAGAUUGAACCUGAAAGAAAGAUCCAACUUGCUAAAGAGCUUGGCUUGCAGCCUCGCCAAGUUGCAAUUUGGUUUCAAAAUCGGCGUGCUCGGUUCAAGAACAAACAACUUGAAAAGGACUAUGACACUUUGAAAGCUAGCUAUGAUAAUCUCAAGGUUGAUUAUGACAAUCUCCUAAAGGAGAAACAGGAUUUGAGAGCUGAGUUUAUCUGCCUUAAAGAAAAAUUGGAUGCUAGAGAGGAAGGGAUACAAAAUGUAGAACCAUUUAAAACCCCAAUUACACCAAUGGUAACGCCGAAACGAGAAGAUGGUAGUUCAGCAAAGAGCGAUGUUUUCGACUCCGAUAGCCCACAUUCAUUCAUGGAGCCUGCUGAUUCUUGUAAUGUUUUCGAGGCAGACCAAUCUGAUUUUUCUCAAGAUGAAGAAGAUGAUCUUAGCCAGAGCUUCUUGCCCGCACCGUGUUUCACAAAACUGUACUAUGAGCCACCUGCAAAUUCAUGUACUUUUGAAUUCCCUAUGGAGGAUCAACCGUUUUGGUCUUGGAGCUAUUGAUAAAUGAGAGUUCUCAGUUGUAAUUAUAGUGUACUGAGCAACUAAUUUAAUAGCCAAGCUUCUACCAUUUUUCUACAGUACAAUGAAUGACUCAAAUUUGUCUA